AUGAACACAGAGCUUCCGAGUGACGAGAGACCCAAGAAGAAGGCGGUCCGGUCCAAAAAUAGCUCAAAUGAAUCGUCUGCCAGCACCUCCAACAACAAGUCAACUGAUCUCAAGGAUAAGGUCGAAACCACCUCUCUGCCCUCCAACCCGACUCCCAAUCAAAACCAUAUUGUUGUAAUUGGUGAUAGAGAACUAAAAUUUUCGAAAGAGUUCAUUGAUCGGUCGUUGGCGCCCGAGGAUUCGUAUAGUUCCCAGAUCCUGGUCAACAUCAUCGAAGAUGGUCUCAGAUUUGUGUGUACGCAACAUACUGUCGGGAUUCGAACCAAGUACUACACACAAAAUGUUUUUGUCACCAGCUUCAAUGAUUGCGAGACUUUUUGGGCGUGGCUGCGGGCAGUCAAGCGAGUUCCUCAGUGCAUUAUUUUUUUGGUCGAUUUUUUCGACACUAAUGGACAUUUUGAAACCGAAAAUGAUCUAGAAGGGAUCGCAUCGAAUCAGGCUCUCAUGCCCACCGAGAAGGUAGCUAUUUUCCAUUAGUUUUUGUUAUUGUUUUAGGUCAAGUGUAAUAUAAUUGAGUUUAUGGUUGAAACUCUGUAAUAUCGUUUCAGAUUGUCGCCAUAAAAGGAGAAGCACCGACUAACGAUCCAUGGAGAGAGCGUUUGCAGAACAUGGCUCGAGAGCAUUACAUGGCUUUAGUCACAUUAAACCCGAAUGAGGCAAGUGUAAUAUAGUAUUAUUCUUUUGAUUUUUAGGAGUUUGCUGUUGGAAUAGUUGCAAAAUGGCAUCAGAGACCUAUGUGCAAAAUUUGAUUGGGUUCAGGAGUAGUUUAGUAGCAAAAUUUAUGUUAUCCAUGGCACAGAUGGAUAGGCGAAUUUCUCACAGUUUUGAAGGUUUAAAUUGGGGAUUUUUUUCAUUAAGUUACUCCUUAUGGUUAUUUAGAGGUGUUGGUUAAAUUUUGGAUUAAUUUUGAAAGAAAAAUUAUAUUACACAUGAGGUUUAGAUUAAAAAGUCGUUUUUUUGUCAAUUUUUUGGGGGAACUGAUGUCUCAAGGCCAAGAUAUUGGCUUGUUGGUUGUUUCAUGGUCGAAUUUUCAUUGCUUUGAUCUACUUUUAAGCCUUGUUAAUCGAUUUUUAGGAAUUAAAAAAAUUUUUUUCCAAGUUGGUGUCGCUAAUGGCUUCUAAUGUUGAUCAUGGAUGAAGAAUUACUUGUCAUAUACCGCGCCGCGUUCGAGAAAUUUUUUCGGGAACUGUGCGCGGUAUAAUUUGAUAUUUUAUAUUAUCCAUGGCAAAAAAUAUGGCCUUUUCUUUCAGGACGACCGUGAAGAAGCCGCCAACUUUUCGGAGCUCCUUUCAUACGAACGGAUCUACGAGUUGGUCACCCUUUGCGAGUGGAAUUCUUCGGACUCUUCCAAUUUGUUGACCGAAGCCAUAAUUGAAGCCAAGAAUCUCGGUGGCGUCAAGGAAAUUGUCAGUCAAACCAUUGGAAAAGACAAAGAAGCCGCUGAGUCACCGCGAAGCCGUCAAAAACCCCGGAACAACAUGCAAGACGGAAAUUUAUGUGUAGGUCGCCUAGUACAAUAUAAAUUUUUUCAUUUUUUAGGGAGUCGAGGCUGAGCUGAUCUCCAGACUUCAGAAUAUCAAUGGUAAGAGCAUAGAGGAUGUGCUGUCGGAUAAUGAUGAAUAAAUUAUCGAUAAUUUGAAUAUUUUUGAUAUUUUUUUUUUUAAAUUUGGUGAGAAGAAAAAGUUGAAGAAUUUGGAGGAGAAAUGGAAAUAAAAUGAAGAGAAUGGACUGUAAAUUGAUGGACAUUUUCUAUUUUUGGUUUUUUGAUUGAAAAAAUUUUUUUGAAUUUUGAGAUUUUUUGAAAAUUUUUGGGUUUUAGGCGAAAUUGAUGGGAAAGAUUUGGAAUUUUGGAAGAAUAGUGGGCUAAAAAGAAUAAAGAAGCUAUUGAAAGAGAUUUUAAAUUAGAUUUUUGGAGUUUACGCUCCUUUUUUUGAUCAAAAAUGUCAUGGAUAAUAUAAUUUUUCUCGAAUUUUGAGAUAAAAUUUGAUCAAAAGCCAUUGAUUAUGUCUAAAAUUGAUGUAAAAAAUAAAAAAAAAUUAAAUUGAUAUCUUUAAAAUUGAUAAUUUUAGGGGUGAUGAGCGUGUUCGGCCCCCAAGUCAAACUCCGCCUUCAGGACACCCAAAUGGAAGAGGAAUUUGAGACGGAGAUGCAAGGAGUUGCUCAACAACGCCUCCAAAAGAUCUGGAAAGACUGCUACGAUCAAAAAGCCCGUGCCAUCAUUCGUCAGCGCCUGGUCGCCGACAAGAUUCGCCGGCUGGAAAGCGAACAAACGGCCGAGUUUUUCGGCAAAGCCGGACGCAGUUUGAAACUCGAAGAGUCCACCAAAUUGGCCAACAAAACGAUGGGAAAAGCCUCUGGAGAGGCGCUAGAAACCAUCAGCUUGAGAUUCAAGACCAAGGAAGAGGUUGAGCGCGAAAAUUUGGAGGAGAAACAUCGGCUGGAAAGGGAGAAGACCCAAAUUUCUCAACCCACCCCGCCCAAAGAAUCCGAAUCAAAGAAAACGGAACAGAACAGAAAGAAAAAGGAAAAGAAGAAGGCCAAGAAGCUCAGAGAGAAGGCGGAGCUCGGCAAUGAGGAGAGGGACGAGGCGAACAAGUUGAAGGAAGUCUUUGAUAACAUAAAAAAGGUGGAACCCGAGAAAUUGGAAGGCAAGGACAUGAAGGAAUGCUUGGAAAAGGUGGGUUGCAGGUUUUUUGAACGAAAUUUUAUUGUCGGUUUUUUGAAAUUUUGAAUUUCCGCAACUUUGAUUUCGCAGCCUGCAGAAGCGUAGGGCGCAGACUGCCAUUGUGAAAUUGUUGGAAAUGGCCAUUAAUGGGUGUAAUUGAGUGGGAAAAAGGUUUUAGAUGAUGAAUUGAAAAGCUGUGUGAUAAAUUAGAGCAAGUAAAAAAUUUUUUUUUUCGUUUUGAGAUUUUUUUAUAUUGUAGUAGAUGGUUGAUAAAAAAAUUCGAAAUACUUGGAUGAAAUGGCUUUUUUUAGAAAGAUUAUGAGUUAUAAAAAUUUCUUAUAUGAAAAAUUUGAGUUUACUGCCAUUGUCAGCAAUUUUCCGACGAAAUUUGAGUAUUCCGACCUGCGCCCGACCCUUCUGCAGCCUGCAGAAUAAAAGUUACAAUUUGACCGCGCAAAGCGGUAAAAUAACUAAUAAUGAAUUGAAAUUGCAGUGGAAGAAGGUGGACAGCCUGUCGAUCGAUGAGAAAGUGGUUGUGGCCGCGAAUCUCGCCAAUAAUUACAUCAAAAACAACUCGAACGAAGUCGCAAUUCAAAUCGAAGAACCCAAAAACCCGAAGCAAAACGAGUCAAAAAAGGACAAAUGA